AUGGAGAACGUGAUCAAGUACCUGUUCUUGAUUUUCCCGCCGUUCACCUUCGCUUGCGGGAUCAAGAGCCUCUCUGUGUCCUACACCAAGGCUUCUAUCAUGGCGCGCUUUGGCAUCGACAUGUACACGUCGCCCUUCUCGUGGGACCCGUCGAUGCAGGGCGGGCUGGGCAUCCACUACUUAGCCCUGGCCAUUUGGGCGGUGGUGGGCGUGGUCUUGCUGCACGGGUGGAACGUCUGCGUGGAGCCGCUGUCACGCCCCGCCCCCUCCGCCCCGAAGGCGACGGCGGGAGCAGAGGAGGACAAGGACGUGGCUGCAGAGAGAAUCAAGAUUCAGUGUGGCGGAGCGUCGCUGUACGAUACGGUCCUGCGGAUGGUGGGUCUGGGCUGCGACUUCAGAUCGCCGCCCACCUCGGCUGUUAGCAGCCUCUACCUGGCUCUGAAGAGGGGCGAGUGCUUCAGCCUUUUGGGUCUCAACGGCGCGGGCAAGACGACCACCUUCCGCUGCCUGACGGGGGACCUGCGGCCCUCCCGCGGCCAGAUCCUGAUCAACGGCAUCGUCCUGAACGAGGCCCUGUCCCUGCCCCGCCCCGUGAUGAGCUACUGCCCCCAGAACGACCCCCUGGACCCCAACAUCACCCCCCGCGAGGCGCUCUUCAUCAUGGCUCUCGUCAGGGGCUUCCGGGACGAUGAGCUCGUGGAGAACGUGGACCGCGCCAUCAAGCAACUCGGGCUGAGCAAUCAUGAACACAGCUACAUCCGAUACCUGUCAGGUGGCACUAUGAGGAAAGUUUCUCUCGCCCUGGCACUCAUCGGCAACCCCCCACUGGUGCUGCUGGACGAACCUACCACGGGGAUGGACCCAGCCUCUCGACGAAUAGUGUGGCGCGCAGUGCAAAGCGUGACGCAGGAUGGGCGCACCGUGCUGCUCACUUCGCACUCCAUGGACGAGGUCAACCACCUCUCGCACCGAAUGGCCAUCAUGGUCAAUGGGUAUCUUGUGUGUAUGGGUUCACCGCAUUACCUCAAAUACAAACUCGGUGACAAGUACACGAUCCGCAUCAAAGCCAAAGACAUAGAAGACUUGCCCGUCAUCGUUGAUUACUUAAGAGGACAAUUCAAUGAGGUUCUGCUCAAGGAGCAGCAUCACCUGUCCCUGGUGGCGGAGGUGAGUCGCCGGCUGCCGCUCAGACUCAUCUUCGACGCCCUCAACUCCGCUAAGUUGGUUGGGGUCACCGAGUACGACGUCUCGCAGACGACACUCAACGAGGUGUUCCGGCUGCUGACGUCUCACCAGGGCGACGGACAGGUCCCUCCGUCCCCGACCGACAAGGAAGCAGACCAGACGAGUGUCCCCAUGCAUCUGUCCAACCUUUCUCCCGCCGGGGUCAACGUUCCUGACAGCACAUUCCAGUCCCCCAGCCGUUCUCCGUACCUGUCGCCGGAGCCCACCCUCACGCCGGAUGGACGCCGGAGCAUGUACGACAACGUGGAGGACGGCCGAGUGGAGACCUACGCCACCGUGGGCCGUCUCGGUGCCAAGAAAGCCCCGACCCCUGAAGUGAGUGCUCUGGGGAGGGACUCGCCCACCUCGCAGGCCAGCACGGCCGACGAAAGCCCCGAGGAGGAAUGGACGCACCUCUAG